AUGUCUCCAUAUCAAGCGUUUGUAUUUUUGUUCGUUUCAACCACUGCUGGACUGGAUGAUUGCAACACGGUCGUAUCUAUCAGAGGCUACCUUCUGAUUAGUCGCCCUUUCAAGAUAGCAUCCGGGAAAUCCCUUACGACGUGUAUUUUAUCAUGUGACCGGGAUGCAAACUGUUACAGCUUCAAUUAUAAAUUUCCCAGAAAGACGUGCGAGUUGAACAAUGUGACUCGUUCCCUUCGUCCUGAAAAGUUUAUCUUCGCUCCUGAUGCCGUGUACUUUGAUCACCCAUCCCGUCCCGCGGGAUCAUGCUCGGGUAAUUGGCCCUGUAGAAAUAAGGGGAAGUGUGUCAAUUUGGCGGGAGCUCCAGGCUUUAGGUGCCAAUGCCGAUAUCAUUACAUAGGAGAAACGUGUAAAGGUAUUUUUAUACAUUGUAUGAAUAAAGUGAUGUUUGCAAACAAAGACUUUAUUGUUAGCCAGUAGCCGCUGUUCAGAAUGAUGAGCCCAUGCUCGUCCGAAGGCGAGAGUCAACAAAAAUUGAGUCUAAGUUAACCUUUCCACUCUCCUGAUCUACGUGUAAAUUCUCCUUAUUGUUUUCGUCGAAGUUCCUUAAGAUUUCUUUUAGCUCUAAGUAUUUGGCGAUGAAAAAACUCUAUGCUUACUGUGCCUGACAUUUUCUUUCUUUUCAUCACUUUUAUGACGACUUGAGAAUAUAAUGACAUUGAAGGAUAAUGGCAGGUAAUUUAGUGUUAACAACUGAGUUGAAAACGUAAAUUGGCCACCGUAAAGGGUAAAAAUAUAUAUAGCCUUUUUCGGUCACAACAGUUCAUCAGUUGAAAGACUCUCAAGCAUUAUUCUCUCGUUUAUUAAAGAUUAUGUCAACUGCAGCGUGGAUAAUGAUGAUAAUAAUUGUGAUGACGAUAAUGAAAUCAUGAAAUAAAUGAACAUGGAAUAAUUAGUUUGCAGUUCGCCCCCACUGGGAAUGGAAGACGGUAGGAUACUGAAUCAUCAACUAACAGCCUCAUCGGAUGGAUGGUGGCUGCCGGAUUUCAAAUAUUACAAGGCUAAAGAUGCCCGUUUGAAGGUUCAAUCGCUUUCUUGGGUCAGUAGUUACAUGGAUUCAACUCCUUGGCUUCAAGUCAGCUUUGCGCCAGAAAUCAAACUGAUCAGUGGUAUUGCUACCCAGGGAAACCCAUCGCAUGACUGGUGGACGACAAGUUACACCUUGAAGCACAGCAUGACGGGUAAAACAUGGCAGGGGCAUGAGCGACAAGGAUUUACAGAGGCAAGUGAGAUGAUAGCCGGAGUCUAUUGUGGAAAACGCAGAGUUGCACAUUGCGUCUUUGGUCAGACCUAGGAGUGGCACUGGCGAAGAGAAACCCCUAAGAAUUAUUUUGAGGCAGGGGCGGUGAUAUUAUUUGUCAACCAGCUUUAGACCGCUUUCCUAGCUCAGGUUUAUAGUUUGAAUAGUAUAGUUUGAAUAGAAGACAUUCUAACUGAGCCUUGAACUGAGUGACGUAAAUCUGUAACGUUAGUCAUCACUAUCAAGUAGAACAGUCGUUCUCUGCGAUUUCAAUAGGGGCACAGGUAAAUUGUUCAAAGGGGAGGGGGUCUUUUAAACAAGUCCCUGCGUCUUGCGGUAAGUGGGUGAUAUCACUGCUCGACCUAUUGUAUCGGCGAGCUCAUAUUUACGCAGUGAGAAGGAGUUGCAUUGAAUGGGGUCCCUAGCAAAGGAAAAACAUGUAUACCAAGCAGAUUCCUCAUCGGCUUAAUCAUGGGGUUUGUCGGCAAUAAACAAAAAGACAAAUUUUCUGAAAAGGAGGGAGGUCACGAGUACCGGAACACCCCCUGGUACAACACUUUUUAAACUAGACCACUUUUGACAAUAAUUUUAAAAUUGAUCAAUGUGCGCUAGGAUUUUAUGAAAGCUUGCAUAGUUAGUUAUUGGAGGUUGCGACUACUCCAUCCAAAAUAUUGAGCCAGUUCGUUCUGUCUCUUCCAGGUUUUUCUUGCCAAUUCAGACCGCAACACCAUCGUGAAACAUGCCAUAUCUCCUCUCAUCAAGGCUUCGUUCAUCCGCGUUCUUCCUUUUACGAAAUAUGGACGGUCUGCUCUACGAAUUGAGAUUUAUGGCUGCGAUUCCGUUGAUGAAUAA